CUCUGAGGUUGCUGCUUUCAGACUUCAGACUACAGUGGCGACCUCUAUACAGACGCCGGACCAGUGACCACUGCUCCUAGCCCGCCAUAAUCUUUUUAGCAAAUUCGAUACUGUUUGCUGUAAACAAUUCGCUCUAUUUUAACUAAAAACUAAUUUACAAGUAAAAUGUCUGAUGAUGGUUCAACCGCCGUUGAAAAGAAAGGCCGAGGUAGACCGAAAGCCAACGGAACACAAGCAGAAGCAAAAGUUGACUCGAAGAAAAGAGGUAGACCAGCGGCAGCACCCAAAGUAAAAGAGUCAAAAAAUUCUUCGGAUGAUGAACAGGCACCAGUAGUCAAAAGGGGUAGAGGCAGGCCUAAAGGUUCAAAGAAAAAAGCGGCACCAAAAGCUAAGAGUGGUUCCGGUGAGGGAAGAGCUCGAGGCAGACCGCGCAAGGAUGCACCGCCUCCUAAAAAAGAUGCUGCCUCUACUGAAGAAGAACAAGAAGACGAUGAAGAGGAUGAAGGCUCAGACCAAUAAAAUGUCUCUGUGUCUAAUGUCACUCACUUUAGUGUAAUUUGUUUGUCAUUGAUAACUCACUCUGCCUGAAUAACAGUUUCUUGAAAAUACUUAUAUGUAAACUGCAUCUUGAAUUCAUCGCAAUAACAUGAAGGGAGUUAUCUUGACAGUACAAAAAGUCUCAUUUGAGAUUUCAUCCUACUUUUGUUCAUAUAAAGUGAAUAUUUUGUAAUUGAAGAGAUUUAAUAACUUCCUUUUUAAGUAUUUUGACGAUAGCAUUUAUUAAAAAAAUUAAGAGGAUUUAUAUGAAUAAAAUUAGGUUGACUUAGCUCUCCCUAGAAACGUACAAGUCUAAGAUAUAAUUUGUAAGAUCAUUUUUUUGUAGAUUUAUUCUUAUUAUAAUAUUAAUAGGUAUUUUGUAAUCUGAUUUGUAUUUGUAAGAAAUUAAUAAACAUAAUGUGUAGAUUUUCUCAGUUUGACUAGAAUGUCAAGUAUUAUUUUCUAUAAUAAAUAUUUUUCUUUCUAUCGUCA